ACCACCACCACAAGCGCUUGGCAGCGCCAGAGUAUUGUCGGGCUUGGCAACCGGGGUGACCGCGCAAAGGGAUCGGGUGCUGGCGGGGUUCUCCUUUGUGCGGCAGCUGCGCGCGGCUCCACCGCUAGGGGGCGGCCUGCGCCCCGCAGACCCCGACAAUAGGCGAGGCUGGGGAGCCGCGCGGUCCCGGAACUUUCCCGGGGUCGGCGGGACGCUCGGCCGGGCCAUGGAGGAGGGGGCUGGCGCCGCGUCCCCACUCUGGAACUGGGACUACCUGGACCGCUGCUUCGCCCACCGUCGUGUCUGCAUCUCCUUCGGCCUGUGGAUCUGCGCCGCCUGCUGCUGGAUCGCCGCCCACGCGCUGAUUCUCUACCUGAGAUGCACAAAAAAAUGUGGCCGGGACCAGUCAACACUGUGUGCUGCCUUCUGCCUCCUGACCAGUCUGUGUGACACGGUGGGGGCCAUUCUAGCCAGACAGCUCACAAUCCAGGUGUUCACGGGAGCCUACCUAGCAGUUGUCGACUUUGGGAAUUUUAUGUCCAUCCUCUUCCCAGUCUGUGGAUCCAAAUCCAAGUCAAAGUCUGGUCGGAGCAGCAGAGAGAGGAAGAGAAGAAGGCAUCUGAGAGCCAGUGUGUUUGCCCUGGCUCUGCCUCUGUGCCUGGGUCCAGGCUGGGUGAUCUGGGCUGCUGUGCCCAAGGCUUCAGCCCCAGUCCGAGGGCCACAGCGGAGGCUGCUGGGAAGCCUGCUACAGGAAAACCCGGAAGUCUUCGGCUACCUGCUGGGUGGCAUCGCUGCCUUUGGUUCCUGGGCAUCCCGGAUCCCACCAUUCUCCAAUAUCUGUCAGGGGAAGUCAUUCUCCUACAUUCACCUGUGGACUCGGUUCCUGUCAGCUCUGGCUGGCCUCCUCUACGCCUCGGCCAUUGUGGCCCAUGACCGGCACCCUGAGUACCUCCUCCAGGCCACACCCUGGUUCCUGAUUUCCCUGGGCCGAGCUGCGCUGGACCUUGCUAUCAUCUUUCUGUCCUGUGUGAUCAAGAGCAAGAUGAGGCGAGCCUUCGGGUUUGCUGCCGAAGCCAGAGAGGGCCCCGACACACAAGCCCUUUUGACAUGCGCAGAGAAAGAAGACAAUCAGGAGGCCGGGAUCGAAGACAAGAACUCAGAUUGGGUGCCUCUCACCAGCCUGGGACACCGCAAGCCACUGAGGACAAUGGCAGCCAUCAGUCGCUACAUGGAGCUGACCAUUGAGCCCGUGCAGCAGGCUGGCUGUGGUGCCACCAGACUACCUGGUGACGGACAGAUGGUGACUGGAGAUGCCACCUUGCAGGAGCCGCCCUCAUAUCCUCCCAUUCAGGUCAUCCAGGCCAGAGUGUCUUCCGGCAGCUCCUCCGAGGUCUCUUCCAUCAACUCCGACCUGGAGCAGAAGUAUUGGGAAGCCCUAAACUCGGAGCAGUGGGACCCUGAAGAUGUCAACCUUGAAAGGAACAAGGACAACGUGGAGUUUGUUAGCUCACAGAUGCACAGGGGCUCUUUGACUCCGGUGGACUUGACCUCUGACGACUGACCUCUCCAGAGCCAGUUCAGCAGCUCAGAACUCAAGGUCAGGCAUCUGCCAGUGGGACAACCUACAGUGCUACCCCUGGCAGAAGCGGAAGCUGCUGCAGAAGCUUUCCAAGGAGUGAGGACCCCCAAGCUGUCACUUGGCUCAUGGCUCAAGUCUACCCCAUGGCUUAGAAUGGAGCUAAGGCUGUGGGGUCACUAGACAGAGCUGCACAGGCCACGAUUACUCUGAUGAUGAGAAAUUCGCAGAUGAAUCCUGUUUGUAAAAUUAAGCUUCCUCCCAAAGGACAUAGGAUCUAUUGCCAUGAGAGUCAAGCGUACAUACUGUUUGCUUAAUAAGAGGGUUGGACUCGCCAAGUGCUACUGUUUGGACCUCAAAAGAAUGCAUUUGAGAUUCAACUAAGCUCCGAUGAGAGACUGGGCCCACAAGCUAGGGGACCUGGGCACAUGCACAGGGACUGGCUUCUGCUGUCCAGUCCCUUACAUAGCUGCCACCACAUGUUAUAUAGGACUGCCUGGUCAACCGAGUAUUUGAAAGACAUUGGCGGGGCAAGAGCAACUGCUUCGUGAUCUUGGGAACAGGACCCCCUCCAGCUUGGCCACGCCUGGGCUGGGUUCGCACAGUAUGGGGUCUUAUGUGCACGCAGGGGAUAUGGACACAAAGCAAAGAGCAGUUUCAAGUAUGGCGAGGCCAUCUAAGGGUGGUUUUGAUACCGUGACCCUGAUGAGUGAGGGGAAGAGUGAAGGGAAUGGGGUCAGGCGGGAGUGAACACUGGGUUGAGUGGAUUAAAAUAUCUCAAGGAGUGCA